CCAAUUAAUUUAGAUCCUUAAUCUGGUGAUAUUUCAUUAACAAAUCUUUAAAUCCCAGAUUUAUAUUUGAAAACACCAUAACAUAAUAUAUUAGCGCGAUUGUCAAGCCCAAUAGAAUUAUCAAGGUUAUUUUUGUCAUAAUUAAUUGACCAUUUUAGAUUUUCAACAUUAAAUGGAUUAUUUUCAAAUUUAGUCCUCUAGAAAUAAUACACUUUAUAAGAUCAUAUAUUACCUGGGUAUUCUUAGCAGAAUCCAUUUUUAAAUAGUACUGAGUCAAAAUCACACAAGUACCUACAUCCCAAAAAUUUCACAUAAUAUUAGUUAAUUGGACAUAAUGGACAAAUAUUUCCAGAUAUUGUACCAUAGUAGCAACUUUAACAUUAAUUUGGUGCAGGACCAUCACAAGUCUUGCAGGAAGGAUAGCAUUUGAGUUUUGUUAUAACAAUAUUUCUUAUA